AUGCCUCCUAAAAGAUAUGCUAGAGAUCCCCCGAACGUCGACAUAGCUCAAAUGUUUGCUGGAUUAACUGCAUUAAUUCAGCAACAGGCUGAUCAACAGAGACAACAAAAUGAGUGUACGACACAACAAAUGCAAAUGAAGCAGCGUCCUGAUGAUUUCCAUGGUAGACAUGAUCCACAAAUUGUUGAAGAGUGGAUCAAUUCUAUAGAAAGUAUCUUUGACUACAUGAAUAAUGUUAGGUAUUGGUGGUCAUCUAUUAAGUUGACUCGAGCUGCUACCAACCUUACUUGGAAUGGUUUCAAAGAACUGUUUUACAACAAGUACUUCACUGAGGAAGUAAAGAAAAGUAAAGUGGCUGAGUUUGUGAGAUUAGCACAGGGUACCAUGACUGUUGAUGACUAUGUAACUAAAUUUGAAGGACUUUCAAGAUUUGUUCCAUGGAUAGUAGGUAAUGACAUAGAAAAGAUGAACUUCUUCAUUAAGGGUUUGAAAGCAGCUAUCCACAAGGAUGUGAGCAUAUCGAGGCCUCAGUCGUUCAGCGAAACAGUUGAACUGACUAUGAUAUUUGAGAAGGGUAUUAAGAUACAAGAAUUGAAGAAUAAAACUACUUAUGCCGCUAAGAAUGGCCAGUGGAAACCAGGAAGAAUUGCAGCAAAAGGGAAACAAAAGCAAGAGUGGCAACAAAAUGCUAACAAGCGGCUUAAGACAAAUAAUUCAACUGCUAAAUAG